GUCAGGUUUUGGUAGAGAGUUGGAAACAUCGUGCAGAGAUCCUUUCCACGGAGUGGUACAGACCUACAUGUCCCAGACAAUUGCCAGAGAUUCAUAGAUUCCCAGUCCAGGUGGCUGGGUGGCGAGCCAACCGUGUUUGUGAUUCUGAUGUAAGACGAGUCUCCAAGAUCAUCUUCAUCUACUUGGUGCCAACGUGGUCAAAGGGCUAUGGCCUGGAUCACCCCCCCACUGCUUACCGGCAGCUCUUGGACUCAGCCUUUGGUACAGUUGAGGAUGGGGAAGAACUUUUUGCCCAACUUAUGAACAUCCUUCAAGAUCCGGGUGAGAAACCUUCCACUUAUCUUCAUAGAUUGCAGUUAGCAUUGAAUCUAGCUUUGAGAAGGGGUGGGGCUGCACCUGCUGAGGUAGAUAAACACCUACUCAAACAGUUCUAUAGGGGACGCUGGGACAAUUCCUUGCUUUCGGCUCUGCAAAUUGAGCAGAAGAAAAGCAAUCCCCCUUCAUUUGCUGACCUCUUGCUGUUACUAAGAACAGAAGAAGACAGACAGUUAGCAAAAGCUAGUCGUAUGAAGAAACACAUUGGCCCCACCAGGCAACGUGGCCAGCUUCAGCUCCAAAGUGCGUGGGCCUGUGGAGAGUCAAAAGAGAAGUCAGAGGUCAGUCUCAGUGUUAUUGAGGAUCUUGGGAGGCAAAUAGCCAGUUUACAAAGCCAAUUAACCUACUUUAUGGCACAGAAAAAGACAAAGGGGACUGAUAACAGGGGAGCAGCAGGGAAAAGUCCAGGCAAAGUACAAAACCUAGUCAGUGCUAACACAGACAUGCUAAAACAGACCAAGAAAAAGCAGACUAGCAGACCCAGGCCUUGGUACUGCUUUAACUGUGGAGAGGAUGGGCACAUUGCCCCAGUUUGCACAGACAAGGCAAACCCUGCUUUAGUAGCUGAAAAGAGAAAGCAGUUAGAGGAGAAGCAGCACAGGUGGGAAACACAAAACAGUCUCACCUUACCUUUAAACGACUAGCAGUUCCUGUUGUAGGACAAACAGGGGCUGAAGAGAGACAACAACGUCCCUCAGAUGUAAACAGCAAAGGCAAGGUUGAAGUAUGUGCUAGUCUAAAGCAUGCAAGUAAGAACCACCCUUUUAAACUUCCUAAGGGGUUGGUUGGCACCAAGCGUACAGCUAAAGUCAACAUAAAUGGUGAAGAAUUCAACUGCUUAUUUGAUACGGGUUCCCGAGUAACAACAGUUCCCCGGUCAUUUUAUGAACAGCACUUUUCAGAGCAGGAGAUUAAGCCACUACAUGAUCUCUUGGAGGUGGAAGGAGCAAAUGGACAGUCCGUACCCUACUUGGGUUACAUAGAAAUGACUGUACGAAUGGACCUCACUUUGUGCACAGGGGUAACUUGAUGUAACAUGUUCAGCCCUUUAAUUCAAUUGAAGUAAAUAUAUUAAUCCUAAACCACACAAAGACAUUGUAUAGAAUUCUUCUAACCUUGAUGGCCCACUUUGACAGAUUGCAGGGUCAGGUGUCCAAAUACAUUUGGCUGUACAUGUACUUAACAUACAUGUAAUGCUUAAUACAGCAACUUAGUAUUAUGUCUGAUUUUAAUAAAUGAUAGUUUUGUUUGUAAAAAUUUAUA